GGCGGAGCCUGCUCAGUGCUGACGUUGGCACCCGAACCCGGGGCAGUUGGAGGCGGCGGGCUGCACGGCUCGCUGGUGGCGUUGCGCGUCCUGCCUUCUUCUCUCGGCGCUCCCGUUCCGCGGCGGCCUGCUCGCUUCCUCCCCGCGCCCCCGCCUCGCGCUCGCCGGGUCCCGGCCCCGAGGCCCGAAACCAGCGCCCGGCCCCGCCGGCGCGGCCAGCACAGGCGGAGCGCCCUCGCAGCGGCCUUCCCGGGGCGGCCGGGGCAGGUGCCGGCGCCGCGAAGAUGGUCGCCAAACAGCGGAUCCGGAUGGCUAACGAGAAGCACAGCAAGAACAUCACGCAGCGCGGCAACGUCGCCAAGACCUCGAGAAACGCCCCCGAAGAGAAGGCGUCUGUAGGGCCCUGGUUAUUGGCGCUCUUCAUUUUUGUUGUUUGUGGCUCCGCAAUUUUCCAGAUUAUUCAGAGUAUCAGGAUGGGCAUGUGAAGUGACUGACCUUAAGAUGUUUCCAUUCUCCUGUGAAUUUUAACUUGAACUCAUUCCUGAUGUUUGAUACCCUGGUUAAAAACAGCUCAGUAAAGCAUCCUGCCUCCGAAUGACUUUCCUAUCAUCCUUCCUGUGUCAUUCCAAGAUUUCUUCACAAGUCAUUCCAAGUUUUCUAGUCCAUACCACAGUGCCUUGCAAAAGCACCACAUGAGAAAAGCAAUAAAAUUUGAUUGUUAAGCUACAGUAGUGGACCCUACUUAUUCAGUCAGUAAAGAGUUUCUUUUUUUAACAUUAUUAAGACAAUUUGCAGUAUGGAUAAAUUAGAUUAAAUCUGAGUAGACAGGAUCUAAAUUUCGUUCACCCUAAUAUGAACAUGAAAUUAGCUUAAUUUAAAAUGUGGACUCCGGUGGUUUUUUCUUCUAACUAGGCACUUUAUUACUGUCUCAAAUUAAAAGCACACUCCCUUAGAGGGUCUUGUAACUAACUCGUAAUAAGGUGCUUCAGUGGAACAACACAACCAUGCAGCUUAGUUUGGCCACAACUGUUAGCACCUGAGGUUUUAAAACAGCCUGUAAAUACAUUGUGUAAAGGGAGAUGCUUAAAGCCAUGCCAUCUAUUGUAACAAUUUUGUUUCUGUUACACUUCUUUGGAUUUUUGUAUAACUGAGUCUGGUAACCUAAUUCCCGUGGAGCAUUUUGUGACUUGGUCACUGCAGUUUCACUGGAAGCUUCUGUGGUCAAAUCAGGGAAGGUUGGCUGUGGCACAUGAUUUCAGAAUUAUUUGAGUGUUUUAAAGAAAUUUACUAUCCUAGACAAAACUUUAGGAAGAAAAAUACUAAAAAUACGAGUGCCUCAUCAAUACUUGUUCUAAAGCGCUGGAGGCCUCAGCCUGUGAAUGGCACUUUUAAUACCAAACAAGGCACAUCAAUUAAGAAGUUACACUUAGUUUGUGAAUGACUUUUCCAGGUCUCUGAUUGAAAUGUCGCUAGGGUAUCUAAGUACACAUCAGAGUUCUUAUUUGGAAUUAAAUGGAUUUAUUGAUAAGGAUCAAUCUUUAGUCUUCCCUUAGUUGUAUGAUUUUAUAGGUUGUGAUUGGUCAAAUUUUCUUCUGAUAGUAAGGGUGAGAGUGAUAGGGCAAGCCUGGGAUCUUGGUACUGGUACUAGCUGCUUAUGCACGGGGCCAGUUGUUGGUGAGAAGGCAUGAGCAGUGUCUAUUAAUGAAUCAGAUGAAAGCUGCUUAGUUUACUUUAUUAAUUGCCUCAGGACAUCUCCUCUAAAAUAAGCUGUUUGAAGAGGAACCGAAGGGAAAACUGCUAGCUAAUCCAGACACAGUUUGGACCUCAGAGCUUCUGACAGCCUCAGAUGUGGAGGAGAGGGCCGCAAGCUUCUGGGCGCACAGGAGCUUACCCACUCUGGCCUAGGAAAGGAAUAGCUGAGCGCAGGCCAGCAGGCUCAUAACUGAGGUGUUGUCUGUGUUUCCCACCCAGUAAGCCAGUCUCCAUACUUGUUUCCCUCGUUGAAACAAGUGAUGGGUAACUAAUUGUGUUUUAUUGUACUUUUGAAAAUUAAAUGAACUGCUCUAAAUCCAUAGCAGGUGCCUUAUUCGUUACUUGGAAAUCCAGUCAUUCCCAUCAGCAUUUCCCUUGGUUUACAAUAGAUCACUGGCUUUAAGAUUUUUUUUUUCCUUGAUGUACGUUUUCAUUAAUCUGUUAAACUGCAGUAGCCAACAAUCAUUUCACAUGUAAAAUUGCAUUCCGUUUGUACUCCCUGUAUGAUUUACCAGUUGAGUGCAUUUUAUAUUCAGAUUGGAUUAUGCUUGUGUGGGUAAAUGCAAGUUGUGUCUAUUUGAUUUAUCAUUUGAAAAUAAAGUUCCCUGGAUAUUUGA